AUGUCGACAGACUUCCCAACCCCACAAGAGGCCCUCUUCUCACUCCCAGUCACACAAGCCCUCUACAGCCCUACACCAGCCCUCUACAGCUCUACACCAGCCCUACACCAGCCCUCUACAGCCCUCUACAGCUCUACACCAGCCCUCUACAGCCCUACACCAGCCCUCUACAGCCCUACACCAGCCCUCUAUAGCCCUACACCAGCCCUCUACAGCCCUACACCAGCCCUCUACAGCCCUACACCAGGCCUCUACAGCCCUACACCAGCCCUCUACAGCCCUACACCAGCCCUCUACAGCCCUACACCAGCCCUCUACAGCUCUACACCAGCCCUACACCAGCCCUCUACAGCCCUCUACAGCUCUACACCAGCCCUCUACAGCCCUACACCAGCCCUCUACAGCCCUACACCAGCCCUCUAUAGCCCUACACCAGCCCUCUACAGCCCUACACCAGCCCUCUACAGCCCUACACCAGGCCUCUACAACCCUACACCAGCCCUCUACAACCCUACACCAGCCCUCUACAACCCUACACCAGCCCUCUACAACCCUACACCAGCCCUCUACAACCCUACACCAGCCCUCUACAACCCUACACCAGCCCUCUACAGCCCUACACCAGCCCUCUACAGCCCUAUACCAGCCCUCUAUAGCCCUACACCAGCCCUCUACAGCCCUACACCAGCCCUCUACAACCCUACACCAGCCCUCUACAACCCUACACCAGCCCUCUACAGCCCUACACCAGCCCUCUAUAGCCCUACACCAGCCCUCUACAACCCUACACCAGCCCUCUACAACCCUACACCAGCCCUCUACAACCCUACACCAACCCUCUAUAGCCCUACACCAGCCCUCUACAACCCUACACCAGCCCUCUACAGCCCUACACCAGCCCUCUACAACCCUACACCAGCCCUCUACAGCCCUACACCAGCCCUCUACAGCCCUACACCAGCCCUCUAUAGCCCUACACCAGCCCUCUACAACCCUACACCAGCCCUCUACAAACCUACACCAGCCCUCUACAACCCUACACCAACCCUCUAUAGCCCUACACCAGCCCUCUACAACCCUACACCAGCCCUCUACAACCCUACACCAGCCCUCUACAACCCUACACCAGCCCUCUACAACCCUACACCAGCCCUCCAUAGCCCUACACCAGCCCUCUACAACCCUACACCAGGCCUCUACAGCCCUACACCAGGCCUCUACAACCCUACACCAGCCCUCUACAGCCCUACACCAGGCCUCUACAGCCCUACACCAGGCCUCUACAACCCUACACCAGCCCUCUAUAGCCCUACACCAGGCCUCUACAACCCUACACCAGCCCUCUACAGCCCUACACCAGGCCUCUACAACCCUACACCAGCCCUCUACAACCCUACACCAGCCCUCUACAACCCUACACCAGCCCUCUACAACCCUACACCAGCCCUCCAUAGCCCUACACCAGCCCUCUACAACCCUACACCAGGCCUCUACAGCCCUACACCAGGCCUCUACAACCCUACACCAGCCCUCUACAGCCCUACACCAGGCCUCUACAGCCCUACACCAGGCCUCUACAACCCUACACCAGCCCUCUAUAGCCCUACACCAGGCCUCUACAACCCUACACCAGCCCUCUACAGCCCUACACCAGGCCUCUACAACCCUACACCAGCCCUCUACAGCCCUACAACCUUAUUCCUCCAUAUUCAACCCUCUCAGAUGAUCUCAUAUCCAGCUGUUGUUUUGGGAGCAGCAGCCAACUGCUCCAGCCCCAGCCAGCCACACGGCAAGAUGCUCUUUGACAACAACAACACAGACAUGCCCCCCCCCUCCCCCUCCAGAGACUCAGAGCCGCUGGGUCCUACAUCAGACCUGGGUCCUACAUCAGACCUGGGUCCUACAUCAGGCCUGGGUCCUACAUCAGGCCUGGGUCCCAGACCUGGGUCCUACAUCAGACCUGGGUCCUACAUCAAACAUGGGUCCUACAUCAAACCUGGGUCCUACAUCAGACCUGGACUGACCUUUACACAGCAACCUCACUAA